AUGGACCACAACGAGGCUAUUUUAAGGUCACAUCUAUCGAAUUACAAGCAUCGCGACAUUACACUACGAGAGGUGAUUAGUGUAAUUCAAGUAUAUCGCAGUCUCACUUAUCGUUUAGAAGGAUUUGUUUUUAACAAUGGCGUUAGAAAAGAUUUAUUGAACCUUGAGGGUACAAUUCCUGUGAACUUCAAAGGUGCAUAUUACAAUAUCCCAGUGUGUAUUUGGUUGAUGGAUAAACACCCACAGGCUGCACCACUAUGUUUUGUGAAACCGACAGCAGACAUGUCGAUUAAGGUAUCUAAAUACGUUGACCAUAAUGGAAAAGUAUACUUGCCGUACCUACAUGAAUGGGAUCAGAGAACAUCUACACUACAACAACUUAUACAGUGCAUGAUAGCGGCGUUUGGGGAAUUACCCCCCGUAUUUUCUAAGCCUCGUAAUGAAGCCCGUGCACCCUACCCUGUUAGUUCUUUUAUGCCUCAACCUGCAGGUUAUCCUUAUCCUGCUGUAAGCACACCUCCAACAGGGUUCCCGAAUGUUACUCCAUAUCCUGCAACAUCAAAUUUGCCAUAUCCAAGUUUCGGUUCUCCUUAUCCUGGAUCUGUUACUUCUAAUGGCAUUCCGUUUUCUCCUUCAAACCCAACCCCAUUCAAACCACCAACUGGUUAUCCUGGACCAGAAACAAGUGGUACAAUAACUGAAGAGCAUAUUAAAGCUUCUUUAUUAUCUGCUGUUGAAGAUAAAUUAAGAAGAAGACUUAAAGAACAAUCUCAACAGUCACAAGCUGAGCUUGAAACAUUACGUAGAACUCAGCAAGAGCUGAGGGAAGGUAAAACUAGAUUAGAAGAUAUAUUAACAAGAUUACAAAAAGAAAGAGCAGAACUUGAUAAAAAUGUUGCUACUUUACAAGAAAAAGAAAAAGAACUGGAGGCUGCUUUGGAACAUUUAGGUGAGCAAGAGACUGUUGAUGUUGAUGAAGCAGUAGUGACUAUUGCACCACUAUAUUCGCAAUUGUUGAAUGCUUUUGCUCUAGAAGCUACUCUAGAAGAUGCAAUUUACUACAUGGGUGAAGCAUUACGUAAAGAAGUUAUUGAUUUGGAUACAUUUUUAAAACAAAUGCGUAUACUUGCUCGUCGUCAAUUUACUUAUAGAGCUCUGAUGCAUAAGUGUAGGCAAAAGGCUCAACUUGCAUGU